AUGAGAGGGGGGGAUCUAUCUAUCAUUCUUCCUUACUUCUAUCUAUCUAUCUAUCUAUCUAUCUAUCUAUCUAUCUAUCUGUUCAUAUACAUCUAUUUUUCUCUUCAUAGCUAUAUAUCUAUCUCAAUCUAUUCAUAUCUAUCUAUCUACUAUAUAUCUAUCUCAGUCUAUUCAUAUCUAUCUAUCUAUCUAUCUAUCUAUCUAUCUAUCUAUCUAUCUAUCUAUCUAUCUGUUAUGGUCCAGGACCUAUGGCACUAUCUAUCUAUCUAUCUAUCUAUCUAUCUUGGUCUGUUCAUUAUCUAUCUAUCUAAAUAUAUAUCUAUCUAUCUAACCGACCUAAAAUUACAUUAUUCUGUCUCUUUUCCAUUGACAUGUCCCUUUGUAAUCUUUUCGGAGUCUUCUUUCCUUGUGAUCAUUUCCUUUCUUUUUUUUCUUUCUUUUUAUAUUUAUUUCUCUUUCUUUCUUCAGUUUUUCUAUCCCUCUUAUCUUCUUCCUUUCUUUCUUCUUGUCCACUUUCUUCCGUCUGGUUCAUCUUUCUUUCUUUGUAGUCGAUUUUUCUUUCUUUCUCUUAUUCUUUCAUACAUUCUUUACUUUUCAUUAUUUCUGACUCUGUUUCUUGCUUUCUUUUCAUAUUCUUUUCUGGCUACUCGUUCAUUUUUCUUCAUUUAUUUAUUUCAUUCUUUCUUUUUGCUUUCUUUAAGAACACAUUUUUUUCAAUUUUUCUUUCGCUGUGAUCAUUUCCUUAUAUUCUUUCUUCUUUUUUUUUGUUUGUUUCUUUUUUGUUUCCUUCAUGCUUUCUCUUUGCAUAUUUAUUUCUCUUUCUUUCGUUCUUUCUUAAAUUCUAGAGUCCUUCUUUCUUUCUUUCUUUCUUUCUUUUCUUUUCUUUUCUUUUCUUUUAUUUUAUCUAGUCCCUUUCUUUCCGCCUGUUCAUCUGUUUUUCUUUCUUUUCUUGUGGGAAAUUUUUCUCUUCCUUCCUUCCUUCCUUUCUUUCUUUCUUUCUUUCUUUCUUUCUUUUUUUGUUUCAUUCCUACUUUCUUUUUGCUUAUUUAUUUCUCUUUCUUUCAUUCAUUCUUAAAUUCUAGAGUUCUUUCUUUCUUUCUUUCUUUCUUUCUUUCUUUCUUUCUUUCUUUGCUUUUCCAAAGCUUUCUCUUAGUUAAUCUAUUUCUUUCUUUCUUUCUUUCUUUCUUUCUUUCAUUCAUUCAUUCAUUCUUUCUUUCUUUCUUUCUUUCAUAUUAA